GAACGCUAGGACAAUGUUUCCCGAACGUUGGAGUCGCGAGGAUUCGAAAGGAAGGUCGGAGCAGGGGGAGGGGAAUGCUGAGCCGCGGUGAUGGCAUCCGGGCUAAAAAUUGACCAGGAGCGGGACUGGCUGGUCAGGAGAGAAUGAUGAAUUGACUUCUUGCCUGUUGCUGAAGAUUUUCAUCUCCUUAAUGCAUUGCAGAUAUGUCGAAAGGACACAAGCUGUCAGUGGCUGGCAGUAACCAGCCCCAACUGAGAACAUCCGCAUCUCCCUCUGGGUGUAUUUCAUCAGAUUCCCAAUCUGCUAUUUUGUGCCUCACUGUAGAAAAUGUUAAAAAGCUAGAAAAAGAGUAUUUGACUGCAAAAGGAGUCCUUAGUAACCAGUCCGUGGAGGAGUACGUUAAGCAGAGUAAUCUCUGUUUGCUAGAGAGAGAGAGGAGUGGGGAAGUCAGCAGAGAGCAUGUCCCAGAUAAAAAAGAUCCGGAAGGAGCCAUCUCCUUCCUUUCAAGAGAGCUGAAUAAAAAGUACAAGGAAAUUCACUUGGAAAAGGCUGAAGAAAUUUCACACAAAGGCAGAUUAUUGGCAGAAUUUCAGGCAGAUUCUCUAUCAACUCCACAUGCUGGUUCUAAAUCAAAGGAAUCAAAUGAUGUAAAAGCCAGUCUGCUGUGGCCUCUCCGCAGAAAGUCUGCUGGUGGCUCUUCCGCCACUCACAGAAGAAGAUGUGAGGCUGAGGAUCUGGGGACCCAGACGGAAUGGAGUUAUUCAGACAAAUCCCUAGCGUCCGUUGAGAACGCUAUAUCAGUAAUCAGAGAGGAGAAGAGGAGCAGAGAAGAUGUGGAUGGCAAGGACAGUCCUGAGCCCACACUGAGUCAAGGCACUGUGGUACUCUUUCCUGACACAGAUGAAGAAAUUAAGACACAAGAGUCUGAAGAAGGAAGCGAAGAAAGUAACCAAACUAAAUCCAAAGAUGAAGUUGUGAGAGCUGAAAGUGAUGCAGCAGGAGGAGAAGACAAGAAGUCAGAUGAUGAAGCCCCGGAGCCCGAUUCAGAAGAGGCGACUUGUGAUGACCUGAAAAUAACUACCCUAUUCCUAGAUGAGGAAAAUCGCAUUGCUGAAGGAUAUGAAAGCUGUGAGUUUUGCAAGGCUGUUGCAAAGCCCAUCCCAACCGUAGAAGACCUGGAGACACAACCACUGGAAACUAUUUUGUGCUGCAGGAUGUACAAGGACGUAUUUGAGUGUGUGAUCAAGGAGCUGAUGGAAGGCAACUCAUUUGACGAAGAGAUUGAUAUUGCUCCUCAUCCUCACCUUUCACAAACAGUGCUAGAAAGUGACACCAGAAAGAAACUUGAGCAACAGUUGCAAGAGAGAGGUUUUGAUAAAUACAGGGAACUGUAUGAGCGGCAUAUGAGGUUUGGUGCCUUGACCAAAAUUUCAUUUCAAUUCUCGCAAUUCCAAGAAGAGAAUCCAGCACUGUCUCAAACUCCUGAAGACCUGGAUGCAACGUUCAGAGCAGAGCACUUAAAGGUUUGUCAUGCUCGUGACCCUGUAAGAAGAUAUUAUCCUGAUGGGCAGAAAUUCUUUCUUCUUUUUCCAGAUGGGACAGGUCAGGUUUUUUAUCCAUCAGGUAACAUUGCCGUCCUGAUCGUGUAUGUCAAGGAAGUACAGUUUAUAUACGUCAUCCUAGAGGAUCACACAUACUCAGGGAUUCAAGCAUUCUUCACAAACCGCGGCUAUGCCACGUGCUACCAUAGGAAUGGGCUCAUCUGGCUGAAUCUGGAUAGCCACACUGGCUCCUACUUCGAUAAGAAAGGAAGAAGACAGAAGCACUGGAGUUGGCAUGACUUCAGCCAUCAUGUUCAUGCACCACCUUUCCAGCCCAUCUGCAUGAAACUAAACAUCUAUAUCAGGAUUAAAAUUGUGGCUCAGGAGAAAAUUUACUUAUCAUUUGCUAAACAACAAAACUGCAUCCAUUUCAACAUGGGGGCUAGGCUAAAGUUGAAAGACACAGCCACACUCCACUUACUUAAACCAGCAGAAAGCCAGCUGGGACUACUCCUGCACUCCAAAAGCAUUCAGAUCAACAGCCUCCUAGCCAAAAUGAAGGAAGUACUACAAGACCUGCAGCGCACGCCAUUGGACAAAAUUCAGACGCUGCCCCGUGUUCUAGCACAGCUGCGUAAACUGCUGAAAUGGAGAUGCAGAAAGACUCUUGCCCAGUAGACACGCCGGGUGUUGCAAUGUUAGAUUUCUCUCUUGUCAAGUAAGGUUACAUGGGCAGUUCACUGUGGAAACAAUAAAACUCAUUUUCAAGCAUGUCGUAAGUGUUUAGCUGUAUUCCAGCGUAGAGCAGCUAUGGCACUAAACAGCACAUUUGAAAAUAGGCAGUGGAUUGUAUAUGCCUACGGAUCGACAGUACAUGCGCGCGAGUUUGACAGAAUGAGAAGGUGGUUCUUAUAGGUAGGAGAAAGGACAAUAGGG